CCUGCCCGAUUUCCUGUACUACAACAGCGGCAUUUCAUAUUAAUUUCCCCAUUUAUAACAUUGUUUGAAUGUGUUGAUUUCUGGGACUGUUUUUGUUGUGUUUGUCGAUCCUUUGACAUCUGUUAUGUGACGGUGCCUGCCCGCGGGUCCACUUCAGAUGCAGAUGGCCAACUGAUCCUGGUUGAUAAUUAUGCAUAUUUAUUGUCUAUGCGGGUGAUAUAUAAACCUGAGUAAAAAUACGCAUUAUAUUCACAAACAAUCGACCUUCAAAGCUGUUCGGUGUCCGAGAGAGAUUUAGUGCUUAAUGUUCAACCAUUUUAGGCAUACAUGUGUUGUUGAGGAAAUAUAAUGCUUAAAUUUGCUUAUGGACACCAUAAUCACUCUAGUGGUUCGAGAUCAGCGUCGUUCGGCGAUAUUACAGAGACAUUUCCCCCUCGGACAGUGCUUAUUGCUUUAGAUGGUAGUGAAGACUCUAAAUUUGCAUUUUAUUGGUACGCACAGAAUAUCUACAGGCCAGGGGAUAGAGUUGUAUUAGUGUAUGCAGUUGAAUUCCAUUCUGAGCUGAAGACUAAGUGGCUUUACUCUUUUACUGAAAAUGACGAAGAGAAGGUUGGUGAAGCCAUUGAUAAAGAAAGAUCCAGACACAAAGAAGUUAUGAAAAACUUUUCAAAGAUGUUAGCAAACGCAAAGAUUUUAGGAGAGGUUAAUGCAAUCGAUGCAAAAUCACCGGGUGAAGGAAUAGUGUCCGCAGCCAAAGAAAUCCAUGCGUCCUUCAUCGUUACUGGAACCAGAGGACUCAGUAAAGUAAAGCGGACUCUGAUGGGAAGUGUUAGUGACUAUAUACUCAGACAUGCAGCUGUACCUGUCAUUAUUUGUAAAUAUAAUGAAAAGCAAGGUUGUGAGAGCAAAGAUGGACACAAAUAAAGUCUAAUUCGAACA